CAUAUAUCCUGACCGCUUUGAAAAACAGCACAUAGAAUUAUUUACAUCUGGAGAGACUGGGCAUUCACGCUUCAGGUGCAACUAAUUAUUUUUGUAAGAUUUUGAGAUAAGAAAAUGGAUAACUCUACAGUUAACUCCACUACACCUGAAGCAUCCACAAACUCCACAACUCAUACCCUUGAGAUGGAGAAAGGUCUGCAAUUUUGUCUGAACAUCAUAAAUUUCCUGUUUGGUCUUCUUACACACUCCUAUGUUAUAUGGCUAAUUGUCACAAGAAGUGGAAUUGCACAAGCGUUCUUCAUCCUCAGUCUCUCUAUUUGUGAGAGUUGUGUUUGUCUGAAUUGUUUGUUCAUAGCACUGUCAAUUUGGAUUUCAAGUCUUGAUAUAUUGUAUAUAGUAAAUUUUUUAACAGGUCUAUCCAUCACUGGUCGUCCUCUGUUUCAGUGUCUGAUGUGUGUUGAGCGUUAUCUGGCAGUGGUUCAUCCUGUAAUCUUUCUGAAGUGCAAACCCCUCAGAUACAGAGUGAUCUGUUCCACUGUGGCCUCGAUCAUUUGUCUUGGAUCCUGUUUGCUCUGCAUGCAUUUGUUUGUCUUACACACCAGUAAUGCACUUACAUGGUUCUACUCAAUGCAGUUCAUAUUUUUCUUCUCCAUUCAAUUGUUCUGCUGUUCGGCUGUUCUCAGAGCUCUGAAGCAGUCAGGACCAGGAGAGAGAGGGAGAGAGAGAGAGGAGAAAAUCCACAUGAAGAGAAAAGCAUUUUAUUUCAUUCUUAUAACUACUGUGAAUGUGGUUAUCAUAUAUGUCCCGCUUAUUAUCUAUGGAUUCUUUACCAUAUUGACACAACAGGAGAGUAAGGGUCUUUUGUUCACUUGUUCUCUUUGUUAUAUGCUGGCUGGUUUUGUAAUGUAA